AUGGUAACUGCACCGUUGGCACCAAGAGUGAAAAAGACUGAAGAAACAUAUCAGAAAGUCACCCAAAUCGAGCAUAUUGUAAAACGUCCAGAUACAUACAUUGGUUCGGUACAAGUGGUAAAUGACGCACGAUGGGUGUUUGACAAGAACAAGGAAGCAAUGACCCAUCGUCUAGUGACUUUUGUCCCUGGAUUGUACAAAAUAUUCGAUGAAAUCCUCGUAAAUGCGGCUGAUAAUAAGAUUCGCGAUCCGUCGAUGGAUACCAUUAAAGUAACAAUAGAUGCAGCCGAUAACACCAUUUCCAUAUAUAAUAACGGGCAGGGGAUUCCAGUGGAAGUUCAUAAGAAAGAAAAUGUCUACGUGCCAGAGCUAAUAUUCGGACACUUGCUCACCUCGUCUAAUUACGACGACGAUGAGAAAAAAGUCACUGGAGGACGGAAUGGAUACGGAGCUAAACUAUUAUAUACUGCUGCUGACAACACAAACUUAGUGUACGGAUUUUUAUUUGCGAUAGACAUUAUGGGACAAAUGAGUCAACCUAAACUUACGACAGCCAGCAAAAAGGAAGAUUUUACUCGCAUCACAUUCAAGCCCGACCUUGGAAAAUUUGGCAUGACCACGAUCGAUAAAGACACCGAGGCGCUUCUUGUUAAACUCGUCUAUGAUCUAGCCGGAAGUGAAGAUGAAGGGACAAAGCCGACUCUUAUUACGAAAAUAUUAACGAUCGAUGGGAAGUUGGUGUUUGCGUCAGUGAUGGGCCCAACAGAUCAACUUGUUCGCGAGAUUACCGAGACAAUAAAGAAAAAGUUCAAACAAAUAACCCCACCAAAACCCUCUCAAAUUAAAAAUCACCUCUGGAUCUUUUUAAACUGUCUGAUAGAGAAUCUGGCCUUCGAUUCCCAAACGAAAGACACCUUGACUUUACAACGGAGUGCGUUUGGAAGUACUGCUGUGUUAAGCGACGAUUUUGUAAAAAAAAGUGAGAUUUUAUCGACUCAAAUUUAUGACUGGAACAUUACGGAUAAGACUUACCAGAGACUCAUAAAAGUAUUGUUUACAUUUUUUCUAGUGCUUAAAACAAAUAUAAUCGACAAUAUUGCUAAACUCAUGAAAGUCAAACAAGAACAGCAGCUUCGAAAAACAGACGGUCAUAAACUUUCCCGCAUUAGCGGAAUUGCGAAGCUUGAUGAUGCUAACCAGGCUGGUACUCGAAAUGGGUCAAGGUGUACAUUGAUUCUAACGGAAGGAGAUUCUGCAAAGGCAUUGGCUGUCAGCGGGUUGUCAAUUGUUGGAAGAGAUCAUUUCGGGGUAUUUCCUUGA